AAUACCGUGAAAGGUGACUCAUAUUGAAAUUUUGAAACGCCUGCCUGUUUACAUACACGUGUGACGUUCUUGACUCGUAUGAUACACCCAAAAUGUUUAAUGGCUGCCAACUCAUCGAUAUGUUGACGGUUUACUGUUAAAAGUCUGAUAUUGUUAAAAACUUCGUCUGAAGUCUUUUUAACGUAGUUUUAAGAAAUUGCUUAAAAAUGAAAAACGUAAUAUUUCUGCUUGUGACGUUGAUCGCACAUGUAAGUUGUAUUAGAUUCUACCUUGAACCAAAUUCAAUGAAAUGCCUAAAGGAAGAAGUUCAAGCAAACGUCCUAGUUGCCGGAGAAUAUGAGGUCUCAGCUACUCCGUCUGUUAAAACUGAAUAUACCAUAAGGGAUUCCAAAGGACAUAUUCUUUCAAGAAAGGAAGAUAUACCUCAUGGAAGAUUGUUAAAAUUCUCAUUUGUUACUGAAAUAUAUGAUACCUUUGAGAUUUGCUUUAAAUCAUAUGCUAUACAACCAUCUUUCUCAGGCAAUAUUAAACAAAUUAAACAGGAAAUUCACUUGAUCACAAAACGUGGUAUAGAAGCAAAAAACUAUGAAGGACUGAUAGGUGAAGCAGCAAAACUAAAACCUUCUGAGGUAGAACUGAAACGUUUAGAGGAUUUAUCUUAUGCUAUUGUUCAGGAUUUUGCUCGAAUGAGAAAGAACGAGGAGGAAAUGAGAGAUACUAAUGAGGCAACAAAUACUCGAGUAUUGUAUUUCAGUAUAUUCUCCAUGUGUUGGCUUUUGGUACUCUCUACUUGGCAGGUUCUCUAUUUAAGACGUUUCUUCAAAGCAAAGAAGCUCAUUGAGUAAAUAGCAAUAGAAAAGAA